AUGGCAAGCUCACUAGAGCCCCCAGAGCACAACCCCAGCCUUCCCUCUGCGCUGCUCCCCUGCGAGAGGGUCGCAGCCAGAGCAGGAUCCUGCCCCCUACUGCUGCUCCUGCUGCUGGGGCUGUGGGUGGCUGAGGUCCCCGUCAGGGCCAAGCCCAGCACUGUGACCUCGGCUCAGUGGCUUGAAAUUCAGCACGCGCAGCCCAGGCCCCAGCGGGGCAACACGGCGAUGGGCAAGGUCAACAAGGACACAAAACACUGCGAACCCUUCGACACCUCCCUGCACCAAUCCUUCUCCAGUUUGGCCGCCACCUGUCAGACCCGCAGCAUGGCCUGCAAGAAGGGCCAAAGAAACUGCCACCAGAGCAAAGAGCCUGUCUCCCUGAGCACGUGUGAGCUCACCUCAAGGAAGUACCCAGGCUGCAAGCACAAAGAGAAGCGACAGGUCGCUUCUUACAUUGUGGCCUGUGACCCUCCUGAGAAAGGGGACUCUGGAUUCAAGCUGGUUCCUGUGCACUUGGACAAAAUCCUGUAG